CGCGGGUGGCCCCCCAGCCACCGACCGAGGAGCCGGGACGCGCGUCGACGCGGUGCCUUCGAGAACGCACACACGGAGCGAACACGCUCGCUCACAGCCCUUCUACGUGUUUCGGAACGCACAGCAUCCGCUCUGCGUCAGAGCGGCACAUGGUCCUACCGUGUCCCGAGCAGCGUCCGAGUUCGAUCCUCCGCUCGAGAUGGCCCGAUCAGUAGCACGAGCGCGGCACGAGUGCGGCACGCAGCAGCGCGGUCUGGCUGCGGGGAAGGGGUUGUCGUGAUCGGUCUCGGGGUCUGCGCGCAUCACGUCAUUAGCUGACUGUCGACCAUCACCGAGACCUCGAACAUGACGUACGGAAACGGCGGUGAUACCAGGGAGGAAUCGUCGCGACCGGCGCGCGCGACUUCCUCGGCCGAGUCGUAGCCGAGUGUGAGAUUAAUCGUACGCGCGCUGGCGCACCGAUCGACGGAGAUCGGCAUCGAUCGAUCGAGCGAGCGGCCGUGACGAGGGAGCACCGAACGACGAGCGCGUGAAACUGCGCUUCCCAAAGUGGGUCGAACCCGCGGCUCGUUUACUCUCGCUGCUCGAAGAGCCGUACCAUUUUCCCGUGGAUGCGACCGCGGGAGAUUCGCGGCGAGCCGUAGGUGCGCGCGCGCUCGCGUGCCUCGCACGCGUGCACUCACACACGCACGCAGCUACGACGAUGACUGGCGCAAGCGACCACUGGUACGACGCGGUUCUUUGCUCCCGAUAGCUAAAAGCAGGUAGUACACGGUGUUUGUGGCGAAAAGGGGACUUUGCGGAAAAGGGAGAGAGGCUGCCAGGAAGAAGGGGCUGAAGGCGACAGAACGAAGGAAAGGGAGAGAGAGAGAGAGGUUGGGAGAGAAAUUGCUCGUAGCAGAAGUGGUAGGGAGAGCAAGAGAGAGAGGGAGAGAGAGGAGCUGGGGAGAGUAAUGAUCGUGACGACGGUCGUGCGGACAAAUGAACACCUCGGCACAGCAUUUGGGAUAUUCCAAAGAUGUAAGGAAUGAUCACGUGGGUGAUGGUCGGGCUGCUUCUGGCUGCGGAAACUUGCGGCAGAAACGUCCUCUCCGGAAACGGAAACGGAAACGGAAAGGAAGAGACAAAGCGGCGGGAGGGCCUAAAGGGCGUCAGCGUGGACGAGGAAGACACCUAUCGUCUAACGUGCUACACUUGCGUCAACGUCAGCGAUAACCAGAUGUGCAACGAAUGGGCGAUAGAUACACCGUGUCCGGCGGGCGGCCGUGAUUUCUGCCGAUCGCUGCACGUUCUGGACAGCCGAGGGAACAGCGUCUUGGUAAGCAAGAGUUGCGCCAGCAGCGAGGAAUGCGGGCCAGCGUCGGUCGGUUGCAUUCCCGUGGACACGCAGCAGAUCUGCAUAAGCUGUUGCGACGAGAGCUACUGCAAUAUCGAGUCGCCGACUAACGCCACUAACGCGAUCUACUCGCGCAAACGGCGCGCCAAGUCGAAAUCGAAGCGCAAACGGCCCGGCAGAAACGGGGUCGACGCGGCGACGCGGCUCUACGGGUCCAGCUUGCUCUGGCUUCCCGCCUCGCUCUUCUAUGCAUAUCAUUGCUGAGGAAGCAGCAAACACUAACCGCGAAGCGGACAGCGCGGAAAUCGCGCGCUGGUAUCGAGGAUGAUGCAGGCGUGCGACUUGAACGUCAUGCCGCCGGAUCGCUCGGCGAACGCGCGUGAAUGUUCUCUUCUGUGAUUCCUCCGUAGAUUCACGUCUAACGCCUAACUAACUACGCGAAACACCCGACACCGCCGUCUGAAUUCCGACCAAGCUUACCGAGGAACUUCCCCGCCACGGGGGGGGACCACUUAGCGCCGACUUUCCGCGCCCGUCACGCCGAUCCUCUCGGCGACAGUCGUCCAGUUGUUUGGAAGAGAACGCUAAUCGCUCUAUUUUUCGUACUCUCGUUUCGACACUCUCGCCUGGUAACCUCAAUGGGAACCGCAUAAUCUUGACGUGCGCGCUUGCACACGUCGUUUCGCAUACGUCGGCCGAAUUUACCGAGCGCUUGUGGCGUGUUUCGAGCAUGGCAGAAGAGCGAAACACGUUCGUUUCGGGGAUAGAAUGUCCGCGAGGAGGAGGAGGAGGGACCGCUUGGGAGCGGUUCCAGGAGAUCCGGGCAAAGAGAGGUCGAAAAACUUGGCGCCGUUCCGCGCUGUCCGAGACGUUAUUAAUCGGGGACCCUUCGAACUAAUCGGGUCCCCCGUGAUGGCAAAAGGAAUUGUUUUCUCGUCGUAGUAUCGGUAGUCGCUAUGCCUCGGUAGAAGGAACUUAAGGCACAAGAGUACGGUCUGAGAGGGACCCGGAGGAGACCGAUAGAUCCGAAUUCGUUUCCGUUCCGAGACCCCACGACAAUCUAGGCAACUCGCAAUAAAGACUACUAUUAACACUAAGAUGUAGUUUACCGUGACGACCCACGUACUCGCUCUGUACUCGGUGUGUACCCCCCUCUUUCGCGAGAUCUGAAGCCCAACACGAGUCUACCGGCAUUGGCGAGUGGGAAUAAUGAAAUUAGAAUGCGCCGUAAUAAAGUUACUGGUGUGUAUUAAAUCAUUCAAAAAUUUAAUUCACCCGACUUCUUGCCAACAAAAUAUUUGCGAGAUGCACAAAUAUUUAACUGGUUUAAUUUGCUGGAAAAUUGAACAAAUUGAUUUAUUUAAUUUUACGCAUCACCGGCGUUGCGUGCGCCGCAUGUAAAAUGUUUGUUACAAUUAAGAGCGUAUGAUCGAUGUAGGCCGUAAUUGGUCAAAGUAACCGGUAAAACUCGUUGCAUCGAUACUUUCGGUGAAAAGUGUUCAAAGCUGCAGUUGACGCGUUGCGUCGCAGCUGUAACUUACGCGCCGGAAACGAAUUCGAAUUAUCCGUAACGAUUAUUCACACAUCUACGCGGACUCGCCUACUACUGACUCUUUACCGCUAUUACAAUUAUUAACGAUUACAUAAAUAUAUAUUACGAUAUAGACACUAUACAUUGUUUCGGCAUGAUGUAAGAAUACUGUUGGUAAUGAAAUAAAGAAAAUUAUACUUGUCA